AUGCUUAAUAUUCAUUUACGUUCAACAGGAGAACGAUUUACAUUACAAACUAUUCAUUUUGAUACAAAAGUUCGUGAAUUAAAAACAAUUCUUGAGAUUAUAUGUGGUAUACCUGCACAUCUUCAAUUAUUGUCCUAUUUGGACGAAGGUACUUUAGUCGAUUCACAAAAACUUAAAUAUUAUGAUCCUGUUCCUAAUUGUACAUUUGAACUUGAUGUGUGGUUUAUCUAUGAACCAAUUGUACAGGCUGUUGUAGCUAAUAACGAAGCUAAGCUAUUUGAACUUGGUGUUCUGCCAGACGUACCAUUCUCAUCAGCCAUUGCCGAUCGUCUAUCUCCAUCAGAUAAACAAGCAUAUAUACUAGAACGAGGUAGUGUUGCUAUGUUUACAGCUGCACAUCGUGAAAGACUUAAUAUUGUACGUCAUUUAUGUGAACGUAAUGUUGGCAUCAAUUAUCAGACAGCAGCAGGACGUACACCAUUAAUGGUAGCAACUGCUCGUGGCUCAUUACGGGUAAUGGAAUUACUUUUACAUCAUGGGGCUCGACUUGAUAUUCGAGAUGCAUAUGGACAAACAGCUGAGAGUUUUUCUAUAAUUUUUAAUCAAAAACAAAGUCGUCGAACGAUUAUACAAUUUAAUUGGAAGCGACGAAAUGCAAAAUCAUUGGUUCGAGAACGUGAAGCUAAACUUGCUAUGAGUCGACAAACCAGUAAAAAUGAUCAAGCUGUUGAAGAAGCAAAUCGUCAACGUGAAGAGAGACUUGCAUGUUUAGCAGAUCAACGAAAAAAAAGACAAGAACAAAUUACUGCUCAACAACUACGUUUACGUAAAAAGAAGAGUCCACAAACACAAACAAAUCAACGUACAUCAAUCGUUCGAUUUGAAGAUGAUGACAACGAACAAGAUUCUGAUAAUUAUGACAGGUCACCAGAACGUAUAUCAAUGACUGAUUCAUCUUUAGUACAAGCUCCAUCAUCGUUACCACCCAUCAGUCAACAAUCAUCUUUACCAACACAAAAAUUAUUUGCUCAUCAAUUCUAUGAUGUCUAUGCAGGCAUGACAGAUGACGAAUGGAUAAAAGUACGGAAUGCAUUUGUUGCACAAUACUUUUCUGAAUAA